AUGUGGAAUGCUAUUGCUGAUGUAGCUGCAGACACUAAACGUGCAGAACGAGAAGAUUUUAACAAACGACGUAGUCGUCGUACUAAGUUGUGUAUGGUAAAAGAAAUGGAUUCAUCAUUAUCAUCUAAAAUGACUACAACAGCUGACUAUGCACCUAUGGAUGUUGAAGUAUUAAUUGAUAUAGAUGUAGACCCAGAAGAUAAAUCAGAUUAUCUAGCUGAUAUAUGUACUAGUAAUGGAGAUGAUAGUGACGAUAUUUAUAAUAAUAUAUUUGAAAAACUUGGUUUAGACAGUAAUUUAUUAAUGCAUGAUGACCAUGAUACUAACAGAUGGUAUGUACGUAAUUUAAGACCAUUACAUCCAUAUACAAACGUAACAACAGGUGAAACAUGCGAAAAUCUUUUACGAAUGAACAGAAAAUCGUCUUUAUCAAAAACAACAAUGAAUGAAAUAUUGACAGAAUUUUCUAAAGCUCUUCCAGUACCACAUAAUUUACCUACAUCGUUUGAUAAUUUAUUAAAUUGUAUGAGAAUUUUAGAUCUUUUUUGUAAAAAAGUUCUGUGUUCAUUGUGUUAUCAAGAGCUUGAUAAAGAAAAAAAGACAUGUAUGAACAGUAGCUGUCAACAAUUUCAGUCAUCUAAAGCUGAAACACAUAUAGUUUUUUCUGGCGAUAUAAAACGACUUUUAACGUAUAUUGUUUCUAGAACUUUAAAAGAAAUCGAUGGUUAUAAAAUAAUGAUAAAUGAUGACGUUUUUUUAAAAUAUGAUGAUGACAUAGUUUCUGGUGAAAAAUAUCAAAAUUUGUUGAAAAGUCAAUCAGAUGGUUUGUUCAUUACUUUGAUUAUACAUCCAGAUGGAUUGCCAUUAGUCAAAACAACAAAGUUGAGUUUAUGGGCACUUUCAGCAUCCAUUGUUGAACUUCAUCCACAAUUAAGACAACGUAGGCGCAAUAUGAUGUUAUUGUCGGCUUGUAUUGGUAAUGGUAAACCGGAUGUUUUUGGGUGGUUAAAUUCUGUUGUAGAACAAUUGAUGGAUUUGAAGCUUCGUGGUAUUGUAAUAAGAACGGAAACGAACGAAGUACGUCAUUAUUCCUGUUAUUUUCAUGGUAUUGUUGGAGAUUUACCAGGUCUUGCUUUUGUUUUAAAUUUCAAAGGUCAUACAGGUUAUUUUUCUUGUUUCUUUUGUUUUUUGGAAGGAAUUAGAAAUGGUAAAAUGUUGUUUCCAUAUACAUCUCCACUUUUACUUCGUACAUCUGAUGAUUGGUGUCGUGAUUCUGAAGAAGCUGUUCGUAAAAAAGAAAAUGUAUUGGGUCACCAUGGAAUAUCUCCUAUUGCUGAUCUUUUUGAUGGAGAUUUGCCAAAUUCAAUUAUGAUUGAUUAUUUACAUGCCAGUCUCUUGAGACAUGUAAAAACAGUUGUAGUAGAAUUGACAAGUAGAUUGUCGAAAAAUGAUUGCAAAAAGUUGGAUGAAUUAUUGAAAUCGCAAAAAUUUCCUCAUUUCUUCAAUAGGAAACUACGUGGUGUACUGGAUGUUUCGUAUGUAAAAGCAACAGAAUGGAGGAGUUUAGUUUUGUAUGCGCUAUUGCCGAAGUUUUUGCCAUUUUUUGAUGAUGAUAUUGUAGCUUAUUUAAGUCUUUUUGUUUGUGCAUUACGCUGUUUACAUGGAAGUCCAUUAAAUCAAAUUUCAAGACGUUCACGAGAAGAAAUAUCUGCUGUUUUAAUCGAUCUCUAUUUAAAAUUUCAUUCAGAAUACUUUGUUGAUCAAGAAACAUUAACUUGUCAUCUUCAUGCACAUUAUCCACGUCAAUUUGGUCGUCAUGGCAAUGUUAGUUGUGCAGCAACAUUUUCAUUUGAAGAUUUUCUUGGAAGUGUUGGUUCAUCAUAUCAUGGUUCAAGAAGUAUUGGAGCUCAGCUUGUUUUAUAUUAUAAUAUUGAUGUUUUUUUACAAGAUGAUGUCAUUUAUGAAGAUGGCGUUGUUGAUUAUUCAAAAACAUUGCCUGUUGAUUGUAUUGAUCGUUUUGAAGUUGUUGAUGAAAUUGUUGUACAGUGUCAUCGGCGAUUGUGUAAUUGUGAUAAUGUAAAUUCUUGUAUUUCUGUUUUUCGUCGUCAUUUCAUCCGAGGAUUUAUGUAUCAUUCAUUGUUAUAUAAUAAGCGUCAGACAUCCGUCAGUUAUUUUGUAGCAGAUCGUAAUAAUAAUGAUCAAUUAAAUUUUGGAAAAAUUCUUCUUUUUUUUAAAUUAAAAGAUAAAAUGUUUUCACUUAUCGAAAGUUAUGAAGAAAAACAUAAAUUUUCAGAUUUUUUUAUUAAUACACGAUUUUAUAAUAAUAUUUGUAAAGUAAUAGAUUUAUAUUUUUUUGUUGUACAAAAAAUAUCAUGUCAUGUAAAAAGAGUUGUGCCUGUUCAGUCUAUUUUACGUCAUUGUAUUGUGUUUGAUAGUAAUGAUGCUUUAGUCGUUACGCCAGUCUCGAGACUGGAUGAACACGAUUAA